AGCAAAAUGAACAACAAUAUCAAUACAAGUGAAUCGUAUAUGAUGAGCGCUGCGGACCACAACGACUAUGUGAUGAACUCUGCUACAGUCUACUCUACUCAGUCGCAAUCUUGCGAAUCCCUCUGCGCUCCAGUCGCCAACAAGUGCAAGCGUUCACGCACCGCAUUCACGAGUCAUCAGCUGCUGGAACUGGAGCGAGAGUUCAAUGAAAAUAAAUAUCUGGGCAGACCGCGUCGCAUAGCUAUCGCUCAGCGUCUGCAGCUAACCGAGAGACAAGUGAAGAUUUGGUUCCAGAAUCGGCGCAUGAAAAGCAAGAAACAGGCUAACAGGCAGCUGACCCGCAAAGGAUUGUUAAUUUGUGCUCCAGCUCAAGCCGUGAAUCAUUCGGAGCCAGAGCUCAGCGAGCAUGAGCUGAUAGUUGAACGUCUAUUACAAUACGUUAGCGGAGGCCAACAACCAGAGCCAUUUGAGCAGUGUGGCCAGCAAUAUAACUUUGGAAUAUGGGAGCAGGAUCAGUUCGAUUUAAAUGCCGAUAAGUUCCCUGAACCAAAUAAUGAUCGUCUACCAAGUACAAGUCCCGAGAUUACUUGUGUUGACAUGUGGCAAAACAGUUGGUUCAGCACUGAGCUUUUGGAUGGUAGUACAGAGACGAAAGACGUACAGGAAUUUCCACACAUCAAUCAGUUAAUUGCUGACCCAUCGAUAGAUCAGCAGCUUGGCUGGAAUUCGAGCAGCUCAAUGGCCACAUCUGCAUCCUCGUCCACCGCCUCCUAUGAUUCCUUUGAACCAUUCGAUAUUGGCCUGCAGGAAUUCCAAACUAUCGAUCAGUUCAAUACUGCUCCAAUUGCCGAACAAAAAUGUAGUUGGGAUUCGAGAGGCUCGAUGGUAUCCACAUCCACAGCUUCUUAUGAUUCCUUUGAUGUAGACUUCGAUUUUUUACAGAAUUUAUUAAACACAAAAGAGAUCAUAAUUUAA